AUGGCUUCGCAGCACACGAUGAGCCUGGAGGCGGCUAUGGACGAGGAGAGACUCGCUAUCCUCGAGAUUCUCGAGCGCCAGGCUGCUGCCAAGGCUGCGCCCCAGACCGUACGGCGAUCGGCGUCGCCAAUGACGAGCCCGCGCUCACCCAUCCGAAGCAUGUUGGAUGUCGGUCCCGAAUCGUCGCCUACACGGAAGGGUACUCCGCCACCCGUCAAGUAUCGGAGCUUGCUCGAUAUUGGCCCCGCUCCGCCCAAAACGCAGCCUCCUGUGAGGAGCAUGCUUGGCCCCGAUACUGCCGCUCCACCUUCACCCGGGUAUCCUCCUAGCGUGAGGAGUUCCAUCUCGGAGGCGACGAACGCGACGGGUUCUUCUGGAGGAACUGCCUCGGGGACGAGCCCGCGGCCGACCUCGGAGACGCCGCGAUACCCUGAUUCUUCCUCCAGGAGGCACGUCUCGCCGCACCGGACCAACCUUGCCGAUUAUCAGUUUAGUGAUAUCAUCACUUCCCAGAUCGGACAGUCGUUGCCGAUGCCGAAGAGGAACCAGCAGGGCGGAAGAACCCUGACCAGCCCACUUGCACAGGUCACGAGCCACCCGCAGCCUGUCCUUCCGCAAGGCCACGAGCCUUUGAGGCACUCUAUCUCCGGCUCCAUCCCGCGCCGAGGCAAUCAGUCGAGAUCGCCGCACAGCCAGCGUUCGGUCCGUGGCCCGUCUCCUCCGGCUGCACUACUACCGGAGAAACCCAAGUCGAAGGUGGCGAUGCUUGAUAGCGGGUAUGAGGUGGACCUCAGCAAGGCCUACAAGAACCUAUCCGACGCGAGUCUUCUCGCUUCCCAUGGCCCGCUGGCGCAUCUGGCUUUGCAGAAGGCCUCACAGCAAGAAGACGGAGAAGGCCCGCUUAUCAAGGCAUAUGUGGGGCCUGAUGGGGAGAGGCUUGACGACAGUAGUAGCGACGAGACGCAUACCGAUGCUGACGACGAAGAGGAUCACCGUGGAAGGAACACGGCUCCGAGGAUCGUUUACGGUAGUGAAGAGUUGAUGCCGUCUGACCCGACUAGAGAACCAAAGAGCCUUUUGGCUGCCGCAGAAGAAGAGCGCAAGCAACUAUCUGCAGUCUACAAAGUCAGAUCCCUCUUCGACGACGACGAAGAUACCAAAAAAUCAGGUUCCAACGGAAGCGAGCGGACAACUCGUCAAGGUCGCCUGAGCGCCAGCAAGGAGAGGGUGAUCCCUUCGUCGACGGUCAACUCGGCCAACAACUCGGAGAACGAGAUCGAGAGGGACGAAAUCCGAAAGGCGCAGGAAAUGUCGGUCAAGCUGACGGACGUGUUUUCGACGCCCGAGACGAACAGGUCGGUGCGGGUGAUUUACCGUGGAGAGUUUACCAAGGUGGUCACGGCGGCGGUGGAGGAGCACAAGAAGCUACGCAAGUACCUCGUGGCUACGGAUCUCAGCGACCAUUCGCAGCAUGCGUUGGAGUGGGCCGUGGGCACGGUGCUCCGCGACGGUGACACGCUGGUGGCCGUCUGCUGCCUCUCGGAGGAGGCAGCGGAAGGAGAGAACAAGCUCGGCGGCGAUGACAACAAUGACAGCGGUAAAAAGGACAACAAUUCACUCGCAGCGCCUGUGCCUCUAACGCAACACCGAUCCUCGUCCAUCAGCCUGCUCACGUCCGCCCUCGGCGGGCGGGACAGCCCGUACGGAGGGAACGGUAGCAGCGCGGCGGGCGACUCGACGAGCAACGUCAGCACAUCGUCGGCGACGAAGGAGCAGGAUAGGCUCGAGGCGGAGAGGCAAGAGGUGGUGGAGCAGAUCACGGCUAAAGUGUCGAGGCUACUGCGGAGGACGAAGUUGCAGGUGCGGGUGAUUGUGGAGGUGCUGCAUUGCAAGAAUCCGAAGCACUUGGUGCUGGAGAUGAUUGAUUUGAUUAAGCCCACGUUGGUCAUUCUUGGGAGCAGAGGACGGAGCUCGAUUAAAGGCGUCAUCCUCGGAUCCUUCAGCAACUACCUCGUCACCAAGAGCUCCGUGCCCGUCAUGGUAGCCCGCAAACGCCUACCGAAGAAGAAGACGAGGGGACCGAUCAAGCAGAUCAAUAACCUCAGCAACCCGGCGGGCAGGAGCCUGGCGAGCGCCAAGAUUGACUAG